AUGAAUCCAGAAACAAAUCGAUUGACGUUUGAAAACGAAAAAGAAAAAUCAACUCUCACUACAAGCAAAGAUCGCAAUACUUCCUGUACAAAUAUUGAAGAGAAGCGUAGACUAGAGAAGCAUAGACGAGAGUGGCGACACGAACAAAAACUAGGUAGAGAACAUAAACGAUUAAAAAAACAAAAAAUUUUGGAAUACAAAAUUAAACGCGCACAAGAGUUGAAACUUUCUAAAGAAAAAUCCUCGUGCCCUGAAAAAGGAUAUAAACCAAUAUUCGGAGAAAUAAACAAGGCUACAAACGAAGUGGAAGAAUGGCGAGUUAUCUAUAGAAAUAAAGGACAAUCAAGUACAGCUGCAACCACGGCCACAAGUAUAGCUGCUGCUGCUACAGCAACAACGCAUUCCAAACCUAUAAGUCAACAAGUUUUAACAAAUCAAAGGAAACGACCGAGGAUAUCCACAAGCCCUACAACUGCUUUGAGUAAUCAAAGAAAUAGACAGCGCAGUGUGCUUGAAGACGCCCAUGAAACAUAUAAUAUUACUGAAAGCUCAGCUGCACUAAAGAUAUUAACCGAAUCUGCACAAAGAGUAGCAGUUGUACAAGAACAAAUGGUAGUAAUUAUGAAAGGACCACAUCAGAAAAAAUGCGUCUACAACUACUUGAAAAAAUAUAUAAAAUUGUAA